CCAGCCAUCUCCCUCCCUCUCCCUCUACCCCUCAGCCAUUGGCGGCAUGUCUAGCAGGUACGGCUGAUGCGGACCCUCAGUUUGCACCCCCGAGGUGUGCCAUGCGCUCUCCACGUCCACCGGUUCCGCCUUCGAUGCCCGCCAUGGGCCAUUUCGUCCCGCUCCCUCGGCAGCAAAACCGCCAGCGACAGCAACAUUGAAACUCAUGACCUGCCCGCUCUCACCAAGAAAUGGCAGCCCUUUUGGGAUCGGGAUGCGGGCGCCAAACCCCCCAACCCUUGUGGCAAAGCCUACAUCCUGCCCAUGUUCCCCUACCCCUCGGGCACCUUACAUCUCGGCCAUCUGCGCGUCUACACCAUCUCUGACGUCCUAGCUCGCGUGAAGCGUAUGAUGGGAUACAAUGUUCUGCACCCAAUUGGGUGGGAUGCUUUUGGUCUGCCUGCCGAGAAUGCCGCCAUCGAACGCCAUGUUCAUCCCGCCGACUGGACAGCCCGCAACAUUGAAACUAUGAAGUCUCAAAUGAUGGCCAUGGGUGGCCAAUGGGACUGGGACAAGGAAUUCCGAACAUGCGACCCCGAAUUCUACAAACACACACAGCGUCUCUUCCUCAUGCUCCACCAGCAAGGACUGGCCUACCAGGCCGAAUCUCUUGUCAAUUGGGACCCCGUCGACCACACCGUUCUCGCCAACGAACAGGUAGAUGCCGAUGGCUGCUCGUGGCGGUCCGGUGCCAAGGUGGAAAAGAAGAAGUUGAAGCAGUGGUUUCUGAAAAUCACCGAUUUCAAACUUGCGUUGCUGCAAGAUCUGGAUACGCUGGCUGAAAAAGGUGGAUGGCCAGAAAGGGUCAUCGCCAUGCAGAAGAAUUGGAUAGGACACUCUUCGGGCGCAAGUCUCAAAUUUCAUAUUCGCUCCAAGCUGCCUCCUGAUUUCAACACCCGAUUCCCGUCAGUGAAAAGAAGAUUGCGAAAUUCAAGGAGAAAGGGUUUAAACGAACCGAUACAUGUUUUCACCACCCGAGCCGACACUUUGUUCGGCGUGCAGUAUCUUGCUUUGUCCUUAGAGCACCCGGUGGUGGCAGAGCUCGCUAGGAAAGAUAAAAAACUUCGGAAGUUUGUAAAGGGCGCGAAGUCUUUGCCGCCCGAUACCAAAGAGGGUUAUUUGCUCUCCUCGAUCGAAGGGACGAAUCCCCUCCAAGGCCUGACAACAGAUCCCAGUGUAACGAAGCCAAUACCUGUCUUUGUGGCUCCAUACGUGCUCAGCGAGUACGGGUCUGGCGCUGUUAUGGGUGUGCCAGGGCAUGAUGCGAGAGACCAUGCAUUUUGGCGACGCAAUGAGCCUACAUCACCCGUGAAAUAUGUGAUCACGCCAAGUAGCAGCCAUGCCGACGCUGCAAUCGAAUCCUCGAGGGGUCCUGUCGUGGAGAAAGGCUAUGUCGUGACCACUGACCACUUAUUCGCCGGCCUAUCUUCAGAGGAAGCUAUCCUCAAAGUCGUUGAGAAGCUACAGAACAAACAGCGCGCGGUGGCGACUUCAAACUGGCGAUUGAGGGACUGGCUCAUUAGUCGACAGCGGUAUUGGGGCACUCCUAUUCCUAUUGUACACUGCGGUACAUGUGGCGCUGUCCCUGUCCCUGUAGAGGAUCUCCCUGUAAAACUUCCCGAUCUCCCUGCUUCUUACUUCGACGGGCGGAACGGCAAUCCUCUAGAGCACGACGAGGAAUGGAAGAAGACACAAUGCCCCCAAUGCAACGGGCCGGCGCAUCGCGAAACAGAUACAAUGGACACGUUCAUGGACUCAUCAUGGUACUUCUUCCGAUUUCUGGACUCCAAAAAUCCCGAGGAACCAUUCAAGCCUGCACUAGCCGAUCAAGGUAUGCCCGUUGAUAUCUACGUUGGCGGUGUGGAGCAUGCCAUUUUGCACUUGUUGUACGCCCGGUUCAUCACCAAAUUUUUGGCUUCACGUCUCUGGUGGCCUAAGGGGAAACGACCCGAUACAGGAUCUCUCGGCGAACCCUUCAAGCAACUGGUCACUCAAGGCAUGGUGCACGGCAAAACGUAUACACAUCCCAAGACUGGGCGUUUUCUGCGACCGGACGAGCUUGAUCUAAACAGGCCCGCUCACCAAUCGAGUCCCUACCUCAAGGACAGUGAUCUGUAUGCCACGGUCAGUUACGAAAAAAUGUCCAAAAGCAAAUACAACGGAGUGGAUCCAGCGAGUGUGAUUGACAUGUAUGGUGCCGAUGUCACUAGAGCACACAUGCUCUUCCAAGCUCCCAUCAAUGAGGUGCUAGAAUGGGACGAGGUGAAGAUUACAGGCGCACAACGCUGGCUCAAGCGAAUGCUAAAACUCUCCACUGCUUUUUGGUACCCAGAAAACCAGCCUGGCCUCUAUAAAUUCACGCCUCCUACAAGCCUUGAUUGCACCGAACUCUGGCUUGAGCAGUGCAUACAUGCCGGGCUCCUUGUACAGCCCUCGAACCAGGUGAACCGCGAUCAGAAAUUAUCGCAGCAAAACCACGAAGGUCUCCUCAGGCUUCUAGACUCUCGCGAGCAAGAUCUGCUAGCCAAAUUGCACAAGACAAUUGCGAGUGUGACCAAAUCAUACACGGAAACACACUCGCUCAACACCGUCGUCAGCGACCUCAUGGAGCUCACAAACCACAUCUGGCAGAUGCCAAACAUCUCCGAUGCCUCGCCCGUCAUCCGCUACAUGGCGACGCUGCACCUUCUUCGCUUAGCCGCGCCCAUCGCGCCUGCUGUAGCAGAAGAGGGCUGGCACUUACUACACGCACGCUUCAACGGUCCAGUCCGCGACCAAAAAGGCCACCCUCUGCACGCUAUUCGCACUCACGAGGGACCUUCUAUCUUCUCGUUCGGCUUCCCCGCGUAUGAGGAUACCAUCGUUCGCCUCAAGAGCGCCGUCAUUCCCUGCGUUUUCCAAGUCAACGGGAAAAACCGCUUUCAUACCGAGAUCCGCAAGUUCGAGCCCGAACCUGUCACCGCGGACACAGUAGUGGAUGCGCAGCAGCGUCGAAAACAGGAGGUUGAGCAUGUGCUCGCUGAGUUGUUGAAGACGGAACGCGGCAAGGAGUGGCUAGAUGUGAGCGGGGAGGGUAAGCUGUGGGCAAUGUCCGAAAAGGACCGCGUCGGUAACGAUGGGGAGGAGCAUGAUGAGUUUCCGGGGGUUGUGCCGCCUGGAUGGAACGUGUUUGUUGCGAAGUCUGGGGGGAUGAUCAGUUUUGCGAAAAAGAAGAAGGGAAACAAGGUUGAGGAAAAAACCGGCGCAGAGAAGGAGAAGGAGUAG